AUGCAAGAUGACUCUCGAGUAUACGUGGCCUCGACCUUGAACGAGUUCUGGUCGCGACGUCCUAAAGCAACAGAUGGACACGAGAAAGCGGUCAGGAUAAAGAUGGUCGAAGGAUCCUACCACGACUUGGACUCGAUCGAAGAUUCUAUGAUCCACGAAGAAUUUUUCAUUGGUCCUAAUAGUUUCCAAACACCAAAUGCUCACUGCACAUAUCAUAAAAAUAAAACCCAUACACUAAAUUCGGAUUCAAAUCAAAUUUUUCGGAGACGGGGCCAUGAAAGCGGCUCCAAGAAUUCGUUGACGCCGACUGACGUCAUCCUCGUGCCAGACUGGAGAACGGAGGUCACGUGUCACGGCGUCAGACGAAAACUCGAUACCGGGCAGGCGGACGGGCGGCCAAUAAGCGUCCGAAGGACUCUCUCCAGCGCGUCGCGCGGUCUUGAUCGCGUCAGUCGAGCCGCGACCGUUGAACAGUGUCCAUCGUAACC